GCUGGGCGAUCCUCUUCGCAAUAUUGCCACCGUCCGAGGGAAAGCAUACAACACACACAGGGGCACGGGCCGUCUCCGGCGUCCCUCCUGAGAGGCUCGAGUGUCACAUUGUGGAGACCGACUGUCAGACGUCGAGACAAGCCACCGUGUUGGCUGACCAGCCUUCAAGAUGUUGACCAGUAUGAUGAGGUGGCGCUUCUACAAGAAGACCCUGCUAGAUAUGGUGCGACGCAUUCUCAGCUGCUUCUUUACUGCCCUCACCGAGCGCCUUCGCUCGUUUUUCUGCUGGUGCCCGUCCUCGAGAGAGAGCCUGGAUGAAGCUGAGCGACGUGUCCUUGGCUCUAUGCGGAAGCGCUACAACGGAUACUACGUGGAUGUGGGGCGCAUCAGUGACAUCCCGCCGCAAAACAGCUGUAUCUGGACGGUCCAGGUCGAGCCAGACGAAGAAGAUGAAAUGGCAGUACCUUUGGUUCUCGUGCACGGCUACCUGUGUGGUGCGGCCCUCUGGGUGCUGAACUUGGAGGCGCUAUCCCAUCGCCGGCGUGUCUACGCCAUCGACUUGCUUGGCUUUGGCAAGAGUUCAAGGCCCACCUUAUCCAGCGAUGCCGAAGCUACGGAGGCCCAGCUCGCACUAGCUUUGGAGAGGUGGCGUUCCCGGGUUGGUCUGGAGCAGUUCGUGCUGCUAGGCCACAGCUUCGGCGCAUUCGUAGCGUCUGCGUACGCGCUGCGGUCACCUAGACAUGUGGCACACCUGAUCCUCGAGGACCCGUGGGGAUUCUCCGAGAGCCACAUGCCCGACACAGCUUUCCGGCUGCUUCCCUGGCUCGCCACUGCCUUCACGCGUGGUCUCAAGUACUUCAGCCGCGCCGACAUAUGUUCACUUCUGCGUGCUGGAGGAAUUCUCGGGCCUACAUUUCUCGGCAUCGUGCUGGCUCACGAAACCAACAUGUUCCGCAAAAUUGUGCAGGACAAGACGGCCGUCGUCAGCUAUUUCUACCAUUGCAAUGUGCGGAGACCCAGUGGCGAGGCCUCGGUUAAGGCGUUAAUGCACAGGUUCCCGUGGGUGAAGCACCCGAUGGGAAUCAGGCUCGUGGACCUCCCACCUGAAAUAGGGAUCACCUUCAUCUACGGCGCACACAGCUUUAUGAGCCAAAUGCCUGCAUUUGCCCUUCGCGAUGCCAGGACUCGGUCCAUCGUCCACCUGCAUGUGCUUGAAGAUUGUGGACACAACUUGCACUAUGAGAAGCCCGAAGAAUUUUGCAAUGUGGUCAACAAAGUGUGCGACCUUGUCGACAGGAUUCUACUGCCGAUUAUGUACUAAACGAAGCCGGAACAUACGAGCUCACCUCUCCAUCGCACGUGCACGCAGACACCCAGAGAAAAAAAAAGAACAUCAUGUGUACAAAACACGCUUCAGUGCAAGUCACUGCUGACAUGUCUCGUUUCUGUUUGUUGGGGAUAUAAUAGAGUACCUCAACCUACUACAGUAGCGCAUAAGAGUCGGGAAGCGCUAAGUGAAAUAUAGUAGUUUCAUAUCA